UGACCAUCAUCAUGUCUGACCCCAGAAACAUCACAGGUGAAAAAGACAGUUCUUAUCAUGACGCGGACAGUGCUCGCGCCGACGAGGGGGACGCAAGCAACCGAACCCAGUCGAGCUAUAACCAGCAGGAACGAUCGGCAGCGUUCAUGUCAGUGGUGCUGGCGGAUAGUCAGGAGGGUGGAGAGGCAAGCAACCAAACCCAGUCCUACUACAAUGACCAACAGCAACAAUCGGCAACUUUUAUGCCAGUGCCAGUGGUGAUGGGGGAUAGUCAGGAGGGUGCUUCUUCCGCUGAAGCCUUCUCAUCAUCAGCAAAUCAAGCACGAAAAAGGGCCCGCGCCCUGGCCGGUAACAGAAGACGUCAGGCUGCUUAUAGACGGAGAAGAGACGGGAAAAUCUCCGAUCUUGAAGAUCAACUUGGUAGGGAACAGGCAAACUCCGAAGUAUUGGAUGCAGAACGGGAUCAGUUGCUGGCUGAGUUGUCGAGGGCCGGCGCCGAAAACACGAUUAUGAUGUUGGAGGCAGAGGGGUGGGAUCCGCGUCUCUCUUGGGAGGAUGUCGACGAGCAACAACAGUACGACCAAGCCCCGCCCGACAACGAGUGAGGAUAGUACUUGCUGACCUCACGGUCUUAUUUUCACAUCGGUCGAAGUCUUAGGGGGUGUCAAGGACGGAAGUGAUAGCUUGAGCUGAGUGCUGUUCAUCAUAUCUCUACCUGUAGAGACUACCAAAGAUCUGAAUGCAACAUUCUGGAAGAG